AUGUCGGGCCUCGAAGGCUUGGGAAUAGCCUGCAAUGUCAUGGCGGUAAUCACCUUUGCCCUGGACACCGUCAAGCUAUGCAAAGGAAUUCUCGACACCGGCAAUGCGGACCCCGACCUCAACGAGAACGCAAAGAACACCCGGCAAACAUCCGACAUUCUGCAGACGAUGCUGUCACAGCAGCGUCCGAAACCCACGGAAGCGGAGGCUCGCCUUCGAGCUCUUGCUGCCAACUGCGUUGAAUGUGCCAAAGAUGUGGAGAAGGUGGUGACCGACAUCUCACCUCAAAAGGGCGGUGUUUUCGCUGCCAUGAAGUCGACUGUGAAGACCAUGCGGCGAAAAAGCCGCCUUGAGAAGGUCAAGGCCCGACUUGAGACUUCGAAAACCGCCAUGGACUCGGCUGUGAUCGUCCAGAUACUUGACGAGUGCAUCGAAUCAGGCGAGCUCCACCGUGCCGCCUACGAAAGUCUGUCUCAGGAACAAAAGACCCUUGUCGCAACUUAUGAGCGACGUUCGAGGGCUAUCGAAGAUCUCAUCCGACAAGUUCCAGACCACGUCACUGCUGAGCACGUCGAAACGCGCCAGGUCCUCGCGGAGCAAGCAGACGUGUUCGAAACGAGAAACCAUGAGAAGCAGGCUUAUGAGAAACUUUUGGAGAGUCUGAAGUACCCAGGGAUGGACGAGCGGAAGAACAGCGUCCCGAAGAGGCACGUGAAAACGUUAAAAUGGAUAUUUGAAGACAUCGAGAGCGACAGCAUUCAUAGCGACAGCAUCCAUAGCGAUGACGUCCAUAGCAACGCAGAAUCCAUGAUAUCGAGCACAGAUUCAUUGCAUCGAAUCUGGCAAGGUACGGUCACGGAAGACUCCAAACGGGCGAGACGAGAAGCAGAUCUGGCCGGAUGGCUCCAACGUGACGAUCGUCGCCUGUACUGGAUCAGCGGAAAACCCGGGUCUGGAAAGAGUACCUUGAUGAAGUUCAUUGCGACCGACGAACGAACUGAGAACGCGCUUCGGGGUUGGAAUCCCCGAUGUAUGAUAAUCUCACAUUUUAUAUGGAAGCCUGGAACACCUCUGCAACAAAGUCUACAUGGAUUGCUCUGCUCUCUUCUGCAUCAGGUAUUGUCCGAAGACACUCAUCUUGCCUAUCAGUUUCUCCGAGAUAAUCCUACGCUCCAGAUGAAGAGGGAGGUAUCCGAUUGGGAUAUAGAUGACUCGGAAAAACUCCUAUUUCAAGCCAUUCGCACCUCACCGCGAGCGCACCUCAUUCUCCUGGAUGGCUUGGACGAGCUUUCAAAGCCACACGGGGGAAUGAGCACGCUAUUUUAUCUCCUGGAAAAGUUGGCUGCGGAAGAUCGGGUGAAGGUCUGCGUCUCCAGUCGUCCUGAGCGCGUGUUCGUAGACAGAUUUGGGUCAAGCCCCAUGCUGCGAAUGCAGGAUUUCACAUUCGGUGACAUCUUCCACUACACCACCGACGUCCUUGGAAGCAUCAACGUCCGGUCAGAAGACGGCUUGCUCCGAAAGAUAGCAGAGGAGAUCUCCUGGAAAGCAGAAGGCGUUUUCAUCUGGGUUUACGUCGUUCUACAGAACGUCAAAGCCGGGAUCGAGGAGUUUAACGAAACCUGGGAGGACAUUUACGACCGCAUCAUUGAGCUGCCACCGGACCUGAUGACCCUGUAUAAGGACAUGUGGUCCAGGUUGGGCGGGAACAACAAGAAAUACAUCAAGCAAGCAGCGCGGUACUUUCAGAUGGCUCGCCACGCAGGAGAAAUGAAUGAAUGCAACAUCACAACACUCUCGGUAACAGAGGAUGAGACUCUGGAAACUUUCACAAAAUCGGACAAGAUCUUGCCAGUUCAGAAGCUUAUUGCGAUGUGUGAAAACACGUUCAGAACACUCUUGCCGGUCUCCGCGGGUCUCCUACAGGUCCGCAAAAUCAGGGAACUGAAUUAUUUGACAGAAUUUCCGGACGAUAACUGGAGAGUCAUUGAGUGGGACUCCAUGGUCGUGGAGUUCAUGCACAGAACCACUCUCGACUUUCUGGACAGUAACGAGGGAAGGGAUCUCUUCGGCGAGUACAUGUUGGGGCCCGGGGAUUUACUCUCAGUCUUUGUCAAAGGAGAACUGGUCCUACGUUCGGCUACUGGAUACGAUGCUCGUCCUCUCCAAAGGAUUUGGCUAAUGAUGGAAGACCACUUGGACUCGGAGGACGGAUGUGUCAAACAGAUGAUCAACGAUCUCCUGCCCCUCAUCCAUCGACAUGCUAUCGACAAAACCAGAGACCUCCUUCUGCUAUCAUAUUGCAAAGGAGUUAGUCUUCAGAAUAAGUUCUUGUUCGAGGCAACCUUCUAUCGUUUCUACGACUACGUCGAAGACUGGCUGAAGUCUACUGGAACCUACGACGGACUGGAUGCAACCUACGUUCUGCUUGGGGCGUGCAAUGACCGAUAUCAGAGACGGGGUCGUUCGGACAUUGAACUGAGGAACAAACGAUUCCUGUUGAUACGAGGUCUUUUGCAAAAGCACGCGCGGGUCGGCGAGGACAAGUCGGAAUCACCCGCUGCUCUUCACGUUUCCGAUAACAUUAUGCUCGCAUGGCGUUGCUUCCUGCUCCAUGAGUUGCAGCGGAAGGGAGGACGACCAUUUGAUGCGCAGGAUGAUAGGCAAAGAGUGGAAGAAACCUUGGCGUCUUUCAUCGCCGCUGGUGUCAUGGACGAGACGCCACAGCCAGAUUAUCUCAUUUCGGUGGCUUACUAUGGCAUCUCCAUGGUUCACAGCCGCGGCGAUAACGGCGGCGCACUCUACUGCUCCAUCAUAUACGCAGAGGUCAACGACGCAUUCCUUCUCCGGACUCUACUGGGUGCGCCUCUUGUGUUGCCAGAGGUUGUCCCCGGCCCGGGCGCAACACCUUUCAUGCGCCCUGUGCUGGGCGCGAAUAACCGAUUGAAAGGCCAGGAGGACAAUUUCUUCCGUCUAUCACACGAUGGACGCGACCAGGAAGCUUUGGAGACUUGGAUGUUUGGAGACUUUGUCGACCCUGAAAAGGACGGAGGUGUUCAGGACAUGUUCCCCGACAAAACGCCGGACUUUUUAGAGGCGGUGGAUAUCGGAAAGUUCUCAAGCGACCUCGAUGCUCUCAAGGAGAUUGGGUAUGAACUGCCGGAAGUCAACUUGGGCUAUGUCUGCGCACACUAUUGGUGGAUGUAG